AUGGCGGCCACUCCGGCAAUCCUUAAUUGUCCUGCUGGGAAACGAUGUGCAAAGAGACGUCGGCGUUACCUAACUCUCGUCAUCUUGCUGUUUCCGUUACUCCUUUUAGUGGCUUCGUUCUUCGUUGAAGAGCAAGUGCUGGAGGAAAAUAAUCGAGGGGGCCACUGCAGGGAGACAGCAGACGGACGCUGCGCAUUGCCCAUUGGGGCAGAACCCGAUCUGGCUCCGUGGUUGGAGUCCGUCCUUCAAGCGCAAGUGCUGCGCAGCACCUCGGCUAAUGGGGGAGACUGCAGCUGGAUUAUGGCCCCUGAGGGGGAAACGAUGCGGUUGGCUCCAGCGUGCGCCGUGGACGGCAGUGGUGCAGGGCUCGACAAGCCACGCUGCUCGAGCCAAGAUCUGGCUGCUGGGAGUUUGCAAGUUAAUGGAGGAGCCACACGCGCGUGGUGCGUCACGAGAGGCUUCCAGCCCAAGUGCCACAUUCAGAACAUGAUAGUGUCGAAUGGAAACUUCUUCACUUUCAAGGGCGAAAAUUCAAGUAUACCAGCUAAACUGUUUCCUGCCGAUGCGACGCGGGAGGGAUUGGCAAGGUACCACAGAUACCGUGGGCAUCCGGUGCGCGAGUUCGUGCCUCUGGUAGAGCGCGGUUCUUCCAUCUUGCACUAUUGCAGAUACGUGGUGAAAUGGCCGGCGGUGUUUCUGUACCGCGCCAGCGGACACUCGACCUAUCACCUAUGGCUGAAUAACUUGGGACCAUUUUUCGCCACGUUGCAUGAUGACUUUAGAAAGAAAAAAGUGGUAAAAGAAAAAGGUGUUUUUGACGGCGAACUUCCGUUGAUCAUCGCGGUUGACGACAAGCCGCGGACUGGCCCCCGGUCACCCCUCUUGUUAAAUGAGUUGUUGCACCAUUUCACGGGUAUACCGAUACUUAACGCCUCGGAGUUCUCCGAACCUACGUGCUUCCCC